AUGGCGCAGGGAUAUCACUACAAGUUCUGCUUAUUGUUGGUUCUUAUGGCCUUGAUUCAUUCAGCCACUGGUCAAUUUCACUUAAUUACAUCUGGACCAUAUGGAAUUGUUGGUUCACCUUUCAUAUUCACCUGUAGGACUGAUUUUCCUCCUGAGGUUACCUGGUUUGUGAAUGAUACCGAGUACAGGAUGCAUGGAUCUGGUAGAGGUGUAGCCCAUUUGACGACUUCUGGACCAUACGGAAUUGUUGGUUCUCCGUUCACAUUCACGUGUAGGACUCGUCCAACUCCUGAGAUUACGUGGUUUGAGAAUAAUACAGAGUACAUGAUGCAUUGCCUUGGAAGAGGCGAAUGCCACUAUCUGUCGAGUCAUCCGACAGACUACAUUUCCACCUGUUCAUACGAAGUCUUUACCCUAACAAUCAACUCUGUGAACAUCCACCAGCACAGAACAGCGUGGCGAUGUAGAGGGAUGCGUUAUAGACAAGCGAGCAACAGAGUAGUGCUAGAAGUUCGAGACGGUCCUGGUUCAACAGUGCGAGUGAACGCACCGUCUGCAUUAAUUCCCGAAGAAGGAAGUGACGUAGCAGUGUCAUGCGCAGCAGACUGUUUCCUCCGAUGUGACUUCACGUGGACGUUCAAUGACAAGACAAUAAGCAACUCAAGCAUUCUUUCUAUAUCCGGAAUUAACAGAACACAGAAUGGCACUUACACGUGCACCGCUCUCAACCCAGAUACACGACAAUCGGCAAACACAUCAGUACACGUGGAUGUGCUGUACCAACCAGUUAUUAAGCUGAUGCAAUUAAAGAAACCCGACACUGAAGCUGUUGUUGACGAAGUAAGACCCAUCACUUUGAUCUGUGUUGUCGACAGCAACCCGACAUCUAACAUGAAUCUGUUCAGGGGCAUACAACUCGUACGACAGAUGACGAAUGUGACGAGUCUGGAAUACACCUGGCACGAAGCUCUGUGUCAAACCUCGGGGACGUACUCGUGUGAAGCAGAAAACAGCGUGAAGUCACCGGCCAGGCACACCUUGGAACUGGCUGUUGAAUGUUUUCCAGACAGUCGGUUCGCGGCAGGUUUUGGGGCAGGGAUUGGAACAGCAGUUGCCCUACUCCUGCUAUGUGGAGCAGCCGUCCUUUUGUACUUCCGGUUGAAGAAAUCUAGAAUGCUGGCGAAACACUCGAGCAGAAACACGGAACAGCAGCUAUACAGUAAUGCAGCUUUUGGUAAUCGAGACGAGUCUGCUAGACCGGAAGCUCACGCUGCACCGGAAACUGAUGCUACUGUAUACUCAUCGCUUGGCGCCGCAGGUUCUGAGGCAUCGUAUGAAGGUCUUACAUUUGAUAACAGAACACAAGAAGUGACGUACGAAAACGUACAGAAGUGAACGCUGUUGAUUGGUUCCUUUCAUCAGACUUGAACUCCGUUCACUUGGUGAACUGCGACUAGAGAUAUGCUGAUAUCAUAAAGUAGCAGGUGAUGACAGAGUAGUUAACGAAUACAUUAAGUCAACCGCUACGUUGCUCAUGCCAGUUAAUGUUAAACUUGUUAAUACUAUUUUUGAUAAUUGAAUCUUACCAGAUGAAUGAAUUAUUUUAACAAUUUUUUAAAAUAAAGGAAGCCGACUACAUCCCAAAAAUUACCGACCAAUCACAUUACCUGGCUGCUGCUCUAGACUGUUCACAACUUUACUUAAUAACUGUUUACGUGUAUUUAUUGAGGAAAAUAAUACGAUUAGUGUGGCCCAAACCGCGUUCCGUAAAGGCUACUCAACUACAGACCAUAUUUAUACAUUACAUCACUUAACAGAUAUCUUGAAAAAAAGGAAAAAUAAAUUAUAUUGCGCUUUUGUGGAUUUUGAGAAAGCAUUCGAUACGGUACCUGGAAUACAGCUUUGGCAUAAACUACUAUAGCAUAACAUAGCCGGUAAUUUUUUUAGAAUUAUCCAUCAAAUGUAUCAAGGCGUUAAAUCAAUGAUUGUCGUAAAUAACCAGCAAUCUACUUUAUUCCUAUGUAACAACGGUAUCCAUCAAGGUGAAAAUUUAUCCCCUAUUCUAUUCUGCCUGUAUUUUAAUGAUUUAGAAGAUUAUGUAUCUAGCCAUGGAUGUGAAGGGGUUUCCCCUACAGCAGACAGGCAAGGUCGCCCAGUAGAUAUUGCUUUACACAUGUUUUGCUUGUUAUGUGCAGAAGGAGCUGCCCUAUUAUCAACCACUGCAGAAGACAUACAACACACCUUAUGUAUGUUUUAUCAAUAUUGCACUAAAUGGAAACUUAAAAUAAACGGUAACAAAACGAAAAUAUUGAUAUUUAACACUAGAGGUUAUAAACAUAAUUUUAAGAUUGGAAAAAUACAUUUGAACCUGUGAAAGAAUACAAAUACUUAGGGAUUGCUUUUACAAAAUUAAAUAAUGUUCGAAUUACUAAGAAUAGACUUAAACAACAGGCUACCAAGGCCAUGUACUUUGUACUAUCAAAAUCAAAGGACAACUAUCUAUCAACCGAAUGAUAACUUAAAAUGAUCCACUCAAUGGUUCUGCCAGUUUUAUUAUAUGGAUGCGAAAUAUGGGGAUAUGAAAAAGUUGAUAUAUUUAAUUCUGUACAAAUAAACUGUCUAAGACACAUCAUACCUGUUGAAAACACAACACAAAUAUUUAUGCUUUAUGGAGAGUUAGGGACAAUGCCAGUCGAGUUAACUAUAUAUGUGGAACAAUCUGUUGCCUGAUAUUAGAAAUUCUUCUUCAUUAAAAUUGUUUAAAAUACAAAUGAACAAACACGACUCUGCUGUUCCAUUUUAUUUCUAUGAAGGUGAUAGAUGGCAACAUAUUCUACAUAGCCGACUCCUUUUGGAUACCAGUGAUUUGAAUGGUCACACAUUUGUACGACAUGUGACAGAUACCCCUUUUUGUAUCCAGUUGAAGAUGCAGAACAUUUUUAAAAAUGUUUUUGCCCAAUAUAUGCUGCAGCUCGCAAUACCUAUUUACUGAACUAUUAUAAUCUCAAGUGUCAUACUUUGCUAUUUGGAGAUUCAAAUGUAAGUGUCCAAGAUAGUAUCUCUAUAUUUAAAUCUGUUCAGAAUUUUCUUAUUAAUAGUAAGCGUUUCGAGAUCAUUUAACCAUUUAACCAUUCUAAUUGGUUGUUAUUUAUUCUUUGUUUCUUCUACACAUUCCUAUCUUCUAUUCCCCCAACUAUCCGUGUUAUCUUUAUCGUAAUAUUGUUCUAGCCAUCUUGAUGUAUAACAUGUAUAUCUGUUAAAUGUAGGGAGAGGCCUUAAUAUAGGCACUUGCCUGUUGGCCAGUCCCAAAUUUGAUUUGCUAAUAAAUAUUGUUCAAACCAAC